AUGAUUGAAAAAAUUAAAGAUGACAAAGGUCGUGAGUUUGUGGAUGAUCCUAACAUUGCCCGUGUGCUGGUGGCUUAUUUUUCUGAGCUCUUUACAAGCUCUUCCCCCUCGGGGGUCCAGGAAGCCACUUCUCUAGUGGCUAACCGUGUGUCCCAGGCUCACUUGGAGGUGCUGGCCGAUCCCUUUACUAAGGAGGAGGUGGAGGAUGCUUUAUUCCAGAUGCACCCGACGAAGGCUACUUGUCCAGAUGGUUUCUCAGCUCUUUUAUCAGAGGCAUUGGAAGCUUCUAAGGAGGAAGCAGGAUGUAUUUCUGACAUCCUGGCGACCCAUGAGAGGGCUUCUGGACAGGUUAUUAAUCUUGACAAAUCAAUGCUCUCCGUGAGCCGCAACGUGCCUGAGAAUAGUUUCCAUGAGCUUAAACAGAUGUUGAAUGUAAAGGCAGUAGAGAGUUUUGAUAAGUAUUUGAGUCUUCCUACCAUUUUUGAGAUAGAUGGGAUGAUUGCAAAUUUUUUCUUGGGUGGGGAUGCUUCCCAUAAAGGCCUUCACUGGACUAAAUGGAGUAAUUUGUGUCGCCACAUAUUUGAGGGAGGAUUGGGGUUCUGUGAUUUCAAAGCUUUCAAUACCUCUCUUGUGGCCAAGAACUGGUGGAGAAUUUAUUCUAGGCCGGAUACUUUGUUGGCUCAAGUGUUCAAAGUUGUGUAUUUUCCAAGAGUAUUUGGCAUGCAAAGAAAGGUUUUAGACCUAGCUAUACGUGGUCUAGUAUCUUACGCUCUUCUUGGAUUUUUUAGGAGGGUGGGUGUUGGAGAAUUGGUAAUGGAUAAUAACGGUUGGAAUAAACCUCUCCUGCAUAUGCUUUUCUGUCCAGUGAUAGUUCAACGCAUUGUGGCUGUUCCUUUGCCUAUUUUCCAAGCUGAGGAUGCUUUAUUUUGGCCCUUUAUGGUGAAUGGUGGCUAUUCUUCAAAGUCAAGGUAUUGUUUCAUUCUUUCUCAUAGGAAUGAAUGUGCUCCAUCUUCCUCUCGAGUAGUUGGUUUGAGGCCACAACUAUGGAACGGGUUCUGGAAAUCAGAUGCUCUCCCACGGUGCAAGGAGAUGGCAUGGCGAGCGAUCAAGGGGCUGCUGCCAGUUCGUAAAAACUUGAGGAGCCGUGGCGUGAACGUGGACAUCGCGUGUCCGUUUUGUGGCAAGAAGGAUGUAACGACGGACCAUGUUUUGAUGCUUUGUCCCGUGGUGCAGUCUGCUUGGUUUGCUUCUACCAUGUCCCUUCGGGUGGCCGGUUUUCAAACGUUGCAUGACUUGGUGGUGAUGAUCCUUGAAUUAGAUGAGGAGCUGAUGAUUUCACAUCUUCAGAAUUGGCUGUAUGUGCUUUGGGAGGCUAGAAACAAUGCAGUUUUCAACGACAUGCCCCUUACUGAUGAGCGUCUUCUUCAUUGUGCUUAUGCCCUCAUGGGAGUACCCGACGCCGUGAUGCAACCGCAAGGGAGGCCUGCUGCCGUGCUUCCUUCAGUUUGGCGGAGACCAAUGCAAGGAACAGUGAAGGUUAAUGUUGAUGCUUCGGUCCAGAAUGGUGGUGCAGCUUUCUUUGGUAUGAUGGCCCGUAAUUAUGAGGGUGAGGUUCUUGCUGCAGCAACCUCCAACAUGGUACAGGUGCUUUCACCAAAGCUAGCUUAG